UUCCAUGACAUUCUAAUUUUUUGGAAAGGGUCUGUAUACUGUAUAUACAUAGUGGCCUACUUAUCAUGAACCAGAAAAGCGCAUUGUCAAUGCACCACACGUUGUGCAAUACAUGUAUUACCUUUGCUGCUAUUUCAACAUAUAGGUGCAUCUCAAUCAAUUAAAAUACGCUGCAAGAGUUCUUUCAUUUCAGGAGUUGAAUACACACGACUAAGAUCAAUUAAAGGCUCAGGAAGUUCUUUCACAGAGUGUCAACCACUACUUUGCAAUAUUCAAUUUUUUGUCACAUUUUUUGGAGAAACUUGUUUUUUUAUUGGCUGUAAGCUAUACUGUAAUCAACAAAAUGAUAAAGAAAUCCUGUACUUUUUAAAUAUUUUACUCUGUGCAAUCAAUCUAUGGAAUAUAAGUGUCUAUAACUGAACUACUGAAAUAAAUGAACUUUUCAAAGAUAUUUUAAUUUGCUGAGAUGCACAAGUUAUCAACUGUAUUGCAUUUGUUUAGCUUGCCUCAGAGACGGCGCGAUGCUAAAUGCGUUCCAUAACAAGCACUUCCGGUUUCGCUGGUCUAAUCUUUGAGCUGCUCUGAAUUUGAAAUCUCACUAAAUUAUUUAAACGGUGCAAAUGUUGUUUAAAUGUUGUCGCCGCGUUCAACGUGUCGCAUCCAAGUGUCACUUUUUGAACUGAACUAUUGAAAUAAAUUAACUUAGAAGAUAUUGUAAUUUAUUGACUCUGCAUCGGUACCUAUCAACUUCAUUGCAUCCGUUUUGCUUGCGUCAAAGACGGUGCGAUGCUAAAUGCGUCCCCUACACGUACUUCCGAUUGCACCGGUCAAGUCUAGCGACGCUGAACUCGAAAUCUUUUUUUUAUCCCCUUUUUAAAUGUUGUCUCCGCGCUGAGUCAUGAGCAGGUUUUAAGCUCGUUUGUUAAUUAUAGCAAUAUAAGUCAAACAGUGGCCACAUUUACAAACCGUACAAACCUUGUGUUAACCUAUUAAAUUGUGUCUAGUAAAAAUGUUGAGCAAUAAGUUGUUUACUUCCGGUGGGCGUGUCGAAACCUCUCGUGUGGCCGCCUGCAAAGUAAACAGUAGCAUUGAGCCAAGAUGGCGCCGCCGUCCGCGUUCCGAGUGUCUGUGCUGGUGUCCUUCUCCUUCUUCCUCACCGUCCUGCUGGGCUUCGGACUGCCGGCCCUGCUCAACGCCGCCAUGAGGCUGCUGGGGCUACCGGAGACCAGCGUGACGGAGUGCAUUGUGGUGUCUUAUUUGCUGUUUGUGAUGUACGUGGCCGCGCCGAGAAUCCCCAGAGGACUGAUGGAGGUAAAGGGCAAAGCUGUGUUGAUCACAGGUUGUGACAGAGGCUUCGGUCACGCUUUGGUUUUACGUUUGCACCAACUUGGCUUCACCGUCUUUGCAGGAUGCCUACAUAAGGAUGAUGGUGGAGCGGGUGCAAAGGAGCUGGCGGCGUGUCACUCGGAGCGCAUAAAAGUGCUUCAGCUGGACGUCUGCAGCGACGAGCAGGUGCACCGCGCCGCCUGCUUCAUCCGAGACCACCUGGAGGACGCGCAGAAAGGUCUGUGGGCGGUGGUCAACAACGCCGGCGUGUCCACGUUCGGAGAAGUGGAGUUCACCUCCAUGGACGUCUACAAGCAAGUGUCAGAGGUCAACCUGUGGGGCACGAUCAGGGUCACCAAAGCCGUUUUGCCGCUCAUUCGCAGGGCCAAAGGGCGCGUGGUGAACUUGGCCAGCAUGUACGCUCGCAUGGGCAACGCCAUGCGUUCGCCCUACUGCGUGUCCAAAUACGGCGUGGAAGCGUUUUCCGACUGCCUCCGCUACGAGAUGAAGGCCUGGGGAGUCAAAGUGUCCGUGGUGGAGCCGGGAAACUUCAUUGCCACGGGCAUCCUAACCCGCGACGUGGUGGCCAACACGGCCGACAAGCUGUGGGCAGAGGCGCCGGCGGGCGUGAAGGAAGACUACGGCAAAGCCCACUUUGAGCAGCAGGUGGCACUCAUGCGCUCGUACUGCAACAGCGGACAGAAGGACAUGAGUCCCGUUCUGGAGGACAUUGUGGAUGCCGUCACUUCCAAGUGUCCGUACACCAGAUACAGCCCCAUGGAGCCUCACUGGUGGAUGCGACUGCAGCUGAUGACGCACCUUCCUGCCGCACUCUCAGACUUGCUCUACUUUUAAAAAAAAAAAAAACAUGCUUACGCUUUCUAUGCCACUAAAUAGACUCAACUUGAUUUCUCUUUUGUGUUUCUCAGCACUUUUACUGCCCACGCCUUACACUUUAAUACCCAAAUGAUUGCACUUUCUAUUGUUGCACAUAAAACCCCAGCAGUUAUUUAGUGUUGCGUAGCAGCAGGAAUAGAGCGUAAACCAAUACAUCAUUACUGUUUACAGUGAUAGAAUAUUUUUUUUUAAUAUUCAUUUGUCCCUUUGCAGCUCUUUUCCCCUACACAACUAAAAAAAAUGUGUUUCCGAACGUCUCCUUAAUAAUAACACAAGCAGAAGUCAUGUGAAUUGAAUGUUAUAAAUAAAUAAAUAAAUAAAUGAGCCAAAAACUGGAUGUUGGAACAAGUUUUCAUGUCAAACUAACACAAAACGCUACCAACACAAAACGCCACUAGGGGGCGACCAAGCUGCAUUAAAGCAUGAAUCAUGUUCUACUUGCAGAAACAUGACGUCUGCAUUUUGAAGUAGAAAGCUGAUGACUGUUUACCAAAAAUACAAUUACUGCAACCAAGGAUGGGCAAAUAGCAUACUAGACAAAAGUAUACUGUUGAAUAUUAUGAGGUAAAACAGAAAUAAAAAUUAUAUAUAUAUAUACACACACACACA